GAAUCUCGGAGCUAACAGAAUUCAAACCCGUCACAAUUGAUAAUGUCACAACGCACAAGCAUGGAAUGUGUAAACACCCCUAAGAUUCCAUAUAUCCUAUCGUUUGACGAACAACACACUUCACAGAAACAACAAACCGACAUAACCAAAUAAUGUUGUUGAGCGGAGUGGCGAAUGGCGGACGCAGGCGCUCUCGCUUGAAAAGAGGAAUGUGCUGGCGGCGCCGAGACUCGACGUGCCUCGUCAUCGGCCGCUUCCGCCCGGCGCCGCUGAGAGCGUUCCGCAGUCGAACUCGGUCGUAUUCGAAAACGGGCGCGUUCUAUUCGGAGAGGUGCCGCCUCCUCGUCUCGCCCGUUAACGGCAGUGGAUGAUUCUCGACGCAUUGCCCGCGGGCCCGUCCGCCCACAGACCACCACGAGCAAGACCACGAGGAGUUCAGAGAGAGAGAGAGAGAGAGAGGAGGCCGUGCUGUGCGUCUUCUACUCGGGGCGGCCUUCAUCGGCACCGCCCGCGCCCGCGCCCGCACGCGCUCCCGUCGGACGAGGCCCGCGGGCCUGGAGCAUGAGACGUGCAUGGAUUCGUCGGUGCGGCGCGUGCAGAUCGUGAACGGUUCGCCCGCGGAUCCAUCGCCUCGAGAGGCCUGGGCACGAGUCGUCGAAUGGCGCCUUCCGUCGUGAGGCGCGAUGCUCGCGCGGGCUCGUCGUAGGCGUGCGCGGGGCGAGCUCACAGGCUUCCGAUUGCAGCGCACCGCAGCAUCGACACUCGAGGCUUGAACGACGAGCGCCAUGACGGCGCACAGUCCUUCCAGACCGCCUUCGCGAUCGAGCCGGAACCGACGUUCCGGCUCCAGAUCGAGAUCGAGCUCGAGCUCGAGCUCGCGAGGCUCCAGCCCGGAGGAAAGUGGCGUGGUCGACUCCGGCGACAGCCCCGGCGUCCAAUCCGGCCGAGGCCCAGGGCUAUGGCAGAAGGUGAAAACGCGCUACCCCCUGGUGGACUUCCACGCUCUGCCCGAGUACUUGCGUGACAACGAGUACAUCUUGUCGCACUACCGCGCAGAUUGGCCUCUGAGAGAGACGAUUCUGAGCAUUUUCAGCAUCCACAACGAGACGCUGAAUAUCUGGACGCAUUUGAUAGGCUUUUUCCUGUUUCUGGGGUUGACAAUCUACACGGUGUGGCAGAUGCCAAGAGUCGAAUAUCCGACCCUGACGAGGAUAUCGACGUUUCCAAUGUUCACGGACCUGAACAAGCUCCACUCUGAGAUCAUGGCUUGCUUUCCUCCGAUUCCCCCUUUCGUCCCCUCGCUGUUCGGACUCCAGCCUUCCAUUCCUGAAGUUUCAAUGCCGAGCACCAACAACCCUCAGUGCAUCGUUAGGACGAUCCGACAGGAUUUGGGGAGGCUCAUGGCGCCACUGAUGCGCAAGCCGGCGACUCGAUGGCCCUUCUUCGUCUUUCUCGGAGGUGCGAUGUUUUGUCUCCUAACGAGCAGCACCUGCCAUUUGCUAUGCUGCCAUUCCAGUCGCUUGUCAUAUUUCCUGUGGCGACUGGACUACGCAGGCAUUGCGGCCAUGAUCGCAACAUCUUUCUUCCCUCCGGUGUACUACACAUUUUUGUGCCAUCCAAAAUGGCGGAAUUUCUAUCUCACCGGCAUCAGCAUGAUCGGGGUGUUGACAGUUCUCGUUUCCUUGACCCCUUUACUUCAGAAACCCAAGUACCGGCCACUGCGAGCAUUGCUGUUUUUUGGGAUGGGAGUCUCUGGAGUCAUUCCUGGAGUACAUAAAUUGUUUAGCCACAGACACGAGCCCGUCACUCUGACCACAACGACAUACGAGGUGUUCAUGGGUAUGUUCUAUGCACUCGGUGCCAUAUUUUAUGCCACGAGGAUACCUGAAAGAUGGAAGCCUGGAAGGUUUGAUCUCGCCGGACAUAGUCAUCAGAUCUUCCACGUGCUCGUGGUUGCCGGCGCUUACACGCACUACAGGGCAGCAUUGUUGUACAUCGAGUGGCGAGAUACACAUGGCUGCGACUAACUCGAACUCCAGACAGCUGAAGUUCUUGCGCGGCCUGUGUACUGGCUUCCCAACGUCACAAACCGACGACACAAAUAUGAGAAUCCACUCUUGUGAUAUUGAAUGCAAGACACCAACCGCACUACCCGUUCUGCUCUGCUUGUGACUGACAGCCGGCAGGCGUGCCAAGGCUUUCACCAAGAGAAGAUUUCUAUACUCGUCGUACCCGGUUGAUCCGAUGAGAAACAAGCGUGACUGACGAUUAUCGCGAACCUAAUUGAUCUCGUAAGGCUGCCUCAGCUGUCUCAUGAAUACUGGGCAUCUUCUAUUUUGACAAUUGAUCACUCAUUGUUAGAAACAAAAUGCGGUAAUCGCUAUGGAACUCCCGAACGAAGUCGACGCAAAGAUCUCGACGGGUUUACGUAUACUUCCAUCUGUGCAUUGUCACCCCAAAAAAAGUACAUUGAAUCAGUCGCUCACCCUGGCAGCAGCUCGAUACAAGCUCAUCACGACUGCACCCAUGAUCAAAGAUGCAAGCUCAAUUGCGCUGAUUAGCUGAUCUAUAACACGUCUUGCGUCACUCUGCAUUCCCCCAGAGCCUCCCUGCACACCAUAAAAUAUCAACGAAUCUGCCUCAAUGCGGAUUACAUAGUGCACUGCUAUGUGUACUGACAACGUACGCAGAUUGCUGUAAAACUUCCUCUGUAGAAGGGGAAUGUUCCAAUGUCGGCUGCUUCAGAUACAUGGCUAACUUCAAGAGACUCAGAAUCCUCAGUACAUUGCUUCCACCAACAACAAAAAAACCUACGGAUUGAAUCCAGGCCCCGAGAUAAGUAAGGCAGAAAAGACGAUGUAAUAGCCUGAAUUCCUAACAUCAUGUAGAUCAGUAACAUGGAUGAGUGCAGUUUGUUGAGAAGAAAGUAAGUUCCUUACUAGAGCUGUCAUUCACGGCUUUGAAUUUCCGAAUACUUUGUGACUGCCAUCCAGCGUAUACUUUUUCCAAUUCGACAACUAGAUGCAUCUCCAGAAGAUUCUUGAGGCCGGCACAUUCUUGUAGAAUAAGACUACAAGAAAGUCAUUGCCACAAGGCCAUAAAAACGAAAUUCACUCCGCUUUUCGCUUAUUUUAUCUGCUUCCAUGACACAAAUGUUCUUCUUUCAUAUGAAUUCUGUGCAAUGGAUAUGACUGUUCUCAUGAGUAGGUCCACGAAGCCCGCAGAUCCUGCGCCUUGAUGAGCUGCCGUAGUAGUAACAAACUGGUAGAGAAAGAAGUAAGAUGGGAUGACGGGGGAUGCGCACAAAGAAGGACUAUCUGCAGUACACUGCGUCUAUUUUUAAGCAUAAAGCCUCCCAGUGUGCAGCUCCCGUCAAACGUCUCUAGUGUCGACCGAAGGAAGACAUUUCCUUAAAACAUCCACCGGCACAAUGCUUUGGAAGACUGGUGCAACUUGUAUAACAAUAUCCAUCGGUCUUCACUGAAACUUUGAGAGACAUUGAUCGCUGACACUUACAGUUAAGAACAAGCUCCUCGAUUGUCGUUGCUAUCCACGACUACAAAACGGAGAUUCCAUUUUGUCAAAGUAUGCUCGACGGUGUUCAGGUGAUACUCACAGAAAAUUUGAUUGUAGUAUUAAGCUUGCCUUGUUGUACAUCCAGCAUGAAGAAACCUCGACGUAUCUCAGUAUUUUAGAUAAUAUCUGUUACAUGCGAAACAGUCUAGGAGUCGCUGCUAGACUGCAAUAAUUAGAACCCUCCGCCUUAGCUGACAGAUCAUCAAUUUGACCAACUCCCUC